GAUGCAUGUAUCAUAGUUCCGUUUCCCAAGUGCUCUCAGUUAACGCCGACCUGGGCCCCUGAGACUCACUGUCUGGGAAACGCGAAAACGUCAAUGGCAAUGGCAGCUGCUCAUACCACUCACUUCACACUUCGCAGCGCCAAACCCUAGCUUCUGAGUUGUACAGAUUCUUAUCUCGCGUUUCGCUCCCUCAAAUCCGAUCCUGUUCCUCUUCAAUUUCGCUCAUGUUGACAUUUAUCGUCGGAAUUUGCAGAAUCUGAAGAACGACAAUCCUCUCCUCUCUCUCCCUCUCUAAGUUCCUCUCAUUUUGCUGCAAUCGGUGCCAUAAUAUUAAUUCUUGCAGAUACCGUAAUGGCUCACUGCUAUAACAAGGAUAAUGACACAAGUGCAUCUCAAUUAAGUUGGUGGUAUGUAGAUAUAUCUUACCAAGAACUUAAAAAGGGAAGUUACAAAGUGAAAAGCUCAGAUGAUACUUUCAUUUGUCCAUACUGUCCUGAGAGAAAACAAGAUUAUAAGUACAGGGAACUCCUUAAUCAUGCUUCUGGAGUUGGUCGGAGUAGUUCAGAAAAGAGAACUGCAAAAGAAAAGGCUAAUCAUCUGGCCUUAGUGAAAUAUUUGGAAAAGGAUCUCGCGCAUAUGGAUGGCCCAUCAAAACCUGUAGAUAAAGGUGCCAAAUUAAGCCUAGGAGAAACAGCAAUGACUCACGGCUCUAAUAAGGAUACUGAUAUAAGUGCAUCUCAAAUAAGUUGGUGGUAUGUAGAUGCAUCUUAUGAAGAACUCAAAAGUGGAAGUCACAAUGUGAAAACCUCAGAUGUGACUUUCAUCUGUCCAUACUGCCCUAGGAGAAAACAGGAUUAUUUGUACAGGGAACUCCUAGAACAUGCUUAUAUGGUGGGUCGGAGUAGUUCUGAAAAGAGAAGUGCCAGAGAGAGGGCCAAUCAUCUCGCUUUAGUGAAAUAUUUGGAAAAAGAUCUUACUGUUAUGGAUGGCCCAUCAAAACCUCUAGACAAAGGUACCAAAGUAUUAAGCCUAGGACAAACUGUAAUGCCUCAAUGCUCUAAAAAGGAGACUGAUAUGAGCGCAUCUCAAAUAAAUUGGUGGUAUGUAGAUAAAUUUUACAAAGAACUCAAAAACAGAAAUCACAUUGUGCAAACUUCAGAUGAGACUUUGUCCUGUCCAUACUGCCCUAAAAUGAAAAAACAGGAUUAUGUGUACCGGGAACUUCUUGAACAUGCUUCUGGGGUGGGUCAGAGUAGUUCACAAAAGAGAAGUGUCAGAGAGAAGGCCACUCAUCUGGCACUAAUGAAAUAUUUGAAAAAUGAUCUUAUGCAUAUGAAUUGUUCAUCAAAGUCUGUAAAUGAAGGUAACCCUCCUGUUAACAUGGUGGGUCAAAGUAGUUCACAAGACAGAACUGCCAAAGAAGACACAACUCAUUUGGCUUUAGCAAAAUACUUGAAAAAGGAUCUUACUAAUGUGAGUGCUCCAUCAAAACCUGUAUAUGAAGGAACCAUAAUAGUAAGGCCAAGAGAAACUGUAUCUGGUUGCUGCUCUAGCAAAGAUAGCAAUAUAAGUUCAUCUCAAUUUGGGUCGUAUGUAGAUAAAUCUUAUGAAGAACUCAAAAAGGGAAGUCACAAUGUGAAAACCACUGAUGAGACUUUCACAUGUCCAUACUGCCCUAAUAAAAAGAUAAAACGGGAUUAUGUGUACAGGGAAAUCCUUGAACAUGCUUCUGGGGUGGGUCACAGUAGCUCACAGAAAAGAAGUCUCAUUGAAAAGGCUAAUCAUCUGGCUUUAGUAAAAUAUUUGAAAAAGGAUCUUAUGAAUGUGAGUGCUCCAUGUCCAUCAAAACCUAUGGAUCAAGGCACCAUCACAAUAAGGCCAGGAGAAACAAUGGGUCACUUCUCUCAUAAAGAUACUAAUAUAAGGGAAUCUCAAAUAAGUUGGUGGUAUGUAGAUAAAACCUAUGAAGCACUGAAAAAGGGAAGUCACAAUGUGAAAACCUCAGAGAAGACUUAUUCAUGUCCAUAUUGCCCUAAUAAAAAGAGAAAACGAGAUUAUGUUUACAGGGAAAUUCUUGAACAUGCUUCCGGGGUUGGUCAGAGUAGUUCACAAAAGAGAAGUGCCUUUGAAAAGGCUAAUCAUCUGGCUUUAAUGAAAUAUUUGGAAAAGGAUCUUAUGAUCAUAGAUAGUCCACCAAAAACUGCAGAUGAAGGCAGUCCUCCUUUCAAUUCUGAGAAACAGUUUGUGUGGCCAUGGACUGGGAUUGUAGUUAAUAUUCCUACUAGACAAACAGAAGAUGGACGAUUUGUUGGGGAAAGUGGUUCCAAGCUAAGGGAUGAAUACCGAAGUAGGGGAUUUAAUCCACGUAGAGUCCGCACUCUUACAAAUUUUUGGGGUCACUCUGGAACUGCCGUUGUGGAAUUCAAUAAAAAUUGGACAGGAUUAGAUAGUGCUUUGGCAUUUGAAAGAGCAUAUGAAUUAGAUCAUCAUGGGAAAAAAGACUGGUUUGCUAAUACUUGGCAGAAGUCCGGUAUUUAUGCAUGGGUUGCUCAAGCUGAUGACUACAAGAUGAACAAUAUCAUUGGGGAACGAUUGCGGAAAAUGGGGGAUAUCAGAACAAUACCUGAACUUAUGGAAGAUGAAGCUCGGAAGCAUGAUAUACUUGUGUCCAGUUUGAAUAAUUCUCUUCAAGUCAAGAAGAAACAAUUAAAGGAGGUGGAAGAAAAAUACAAUGAGUCUUCAUGCCGCAUGGACAUUGUAAUGGGAGAAGUAGAUAAGCUCACUCAAAAUCACAAUCAAGAGAUGAAGAAGAUACAUUCAAGUGCAACUCAACACUUUCAGAAUAUUUUUAAUGGUCAUGAAAGGCUCAAGUUACAACUGGAAUCUCAAAAAAGAGAACUUGAGUUGCGGAGAAUUGAAUUGGAAAAACGUGAGGCACGUAAUGAAAGUGAAAGAAAAAAGUUGGAAGAUGAGAUGAUGGAGAAUGCAUUGAGAAACAGCUCUCUGGAAAUGGCUAUUCUGGAGCAACAUAAAGCCGGUGAAAAUGUUUUGAAACUAGCUGCAGAUCAAAAGCGGCAAAAAGAACAACUCCAUGCUAAAAUCAUCCAGCUUGAAAAACAACUGGAUGUUAAACAAAAUCUAGAAUUGGAGAUUCAACAACUGAAAGGAAAAUUAAAUUUCAUGAACCACAUGGAAGGUGAUGGAGACUCGGAAGUUCUGAAUAAGGUGGAUGUUAUACAUAAGGUAUUAAGAGAAAAGGAACAAUCGCUACGAGAUUUAGAUGCCUUGAACCAAACACUGAUUAUAAAAGAGCGUCAGAGCAAUGAUGAGCUACAGGAAGCUCGAAAAGCAUUGAUUAAUGGCAUUAAAGAGAUAUCUUGUCGUGCUAAUGUCGGUGUGAAGAGAAUGGGGGAGCUUGAUAUUAGACCAUUCCUUGAAGCUAUGAAGGAAAAAUAUAAUGAUGAGGAUGCAGAAGAUAGAGCUUCAGAACUGUGUUCGCUGUGGGAAGAGUAUAUUAAGGAUCCAGACUGGCAUCCAUAUAAAAUUACUAUAAUUGAAGGGAAACAUCAGGAAAUCAUAGAUGAUGGAGAUGAAAAGUUGAAAGGACUGAAAAAUGAGAUGGGUGAAGCAGUCUACAAAGCUGUGGUGACAGCUUUGACGGAGAUAAAUACAUAUAAUCCAAGUGGGCGGUAUAUAACCACUGAAUUGUGGAAUUAUGAAGAGGGAAAGACAGCUACCUUACAAGAAGGAGUAAAAUUGUUAUUGAUGCAAUGGAAUCUACAUAAACAAAGACGGGGGACGAUGUGAAGACUGAAAUAAACAUGUUGCUUUCCAAGAGCUAAUUGUGCUUUGAUGCCAAGCUGCAACAUCUAAGGGCUGUGAAUAUUUUUUUAGGAAUACAGGUUUAUUUAAACUCAUUUAGUUAAAAUUAUUGAAAUUGUAUUUAAACUCGGAUUUAUCUGAUUACGAAACUGUAUUUAUAACAAUUAUGCUUGUUGUUUAGGUCAAGUUCCAUCUUAUACCUAAACUUCCAGUUUGGGUCCCUGAAAUUGUGAAAACAUUCAAUGUAAAGAGUUGAGAAAUCAUUAAAAAAAAAAAAAAAAAA